AUGCGGCACAAUUUGAUUGAACCUGGCGACAAUGAGGACAUUACGGCCGAACGUCGACGUGCAUCAUUUUCGGUUGGAAAAUUGGCUUCGUUCAUACAUGGUGGCGAACAGAAACUUCGGCGAAGACGAGAAAUAUUGGAAUUUGUGGAAUCUCAAGAGGAGUUCCGAGAUCCGAUGCCACCCGAAUUCAUGAGUCGUGAAGAACGAGUUGAAAAUAAUGCACGAAAGGUUGUUGCUAUGACAGACAAGUCGGCGCUAGCGAUUGAUCAAUCAGAUUUUUUUGAGGAGGGAAUGCUUUAUCAAAGUUUGGUAAUGGGACGUGACUUCCAUGCCAUGUCAUUGCACUACGCAAUGUUUAUUCCAACUCUUCAAGGACAGACAGACGACGAUCAGCUGGACUACUGGUUGCCACUGGCUGUAACCAGAGGCAUUGUUGGUACAUAUGCGCAAACCGAACUCGGACAUGGUAGUAAUAUUGGUAAAUUGGAAACAACGGCAACAUAUGAUGCAAAGACGGAUGAGUUCAUCUUACAUACUCCGUCGGUGUCAGCCACAAAAUGGUGGCCCGGAGGUCUUGGCAAAUCCUCAAACUACGCUAUCGUUCCUGCUCAGUUGAUCAUCAAUGGCAGCAACAAAGGCCUGCAUAUGUUCAUUGCACAGCUCAGGGAUCUCACUACGCAUAUGCCUUUGCCAGGCGUCACUGUUGGUGAUAUUGGUCCAAAAAUGGGUAUUCCCGGAAACGAUAAUGGUUUUCUUAUUUUCAACAAUUAUCGUAUUCCACGUACCAAUAUGCUUAUGCGUCAUUCAAAGAUAUCAUCUAGCGGUGAUUACGUUGCUCCCGAACAUUCGAAGCUGGGUUAUAGCACCAUGGUAUUUGUUCGAUCAAUUAUGAUACGUGAUCAGGCUCUGCAGCUAGCAGCCGCUGUUACUAUUGCGAUACGUUAUUCUGCUGUCAGACGACAGGGUGAAUUAAAAUCUGCUGCAAAGGAAGCGCAGAUUCUUGAUUAUCGUACCCAGCAGUAUCGGAUAUUACCACAUGCCGCUCGAGCUCUAGUGUUUCUAUUUGCUGCUGAGGAAAUUAAGAAUUUAUAUCAAAAGGUUUCCGUCCAAGUUGGUGAAGGUAAUACGGAAUUGUUGCAAGAAUUGCACGUUCUUAGUUCCGGUCUUAAAUCUGUUGUGUCGUGGGAUGUUGCGCAGGGGAUCGAGCAGUGUCGAUUAGCUUGUGGUGGACAUGGUUAUUCGCAUGCAUCCGAAUCCCUCGAAAGACUUCACAGCACCAAUAAAUUUUUCAGUUUUUUGAUGAAAACCGUUGAGCAAAUAUGUUCGGGUAGCGCACGAUUAGCAAAGAUUAUGGAAUAUUUGGUAGAGCCUAGGAGAUUGAAGUCUUCCUUUCGAACAUGGCGAACAGUUUCUCCGCAUGAACUUAUGCAAGAUUUUGAGCAGGCAGCCAGGAAUCAGGUUUUUUCAACAUAUGACUAUUUACAACAGCUUAAAAGGGCUAGCGGUUCCGCAGAAGAAGCCUGGAAUUCAGCUUCUGUUGAAUUGUGUCGAGCGAGCCGGCUUCAUGUUAAAUGCUAUCUGGCGCAGAGUUAUUUUGAACGAAUAGCGCGGUGUAGGGAAGCUGACUGUGCUCGAAUUCUGGAACUACUCGGCGAACUUUAUAUGCUUUUCGAAAUUUCCAGCCAUUCCAAUUCGUUCAGAAAGGUAAAUUAUCAGCUUUCCCUCUUGUAA